AUGCGUGUUUACGAGGAUAAACUUGUGAAAUCAGCAGGUUCGAAACAUGUGGCUAUCAUGUUGCAUUUGAAUAAUUAUCAAAAACAUGUUCGCGAUUUAAUCAAAAAUUCAAGAGAUGCCCACGGAAAUCCUAUAUUUGACAAGAAGGAAAUUGAUAAAUUUCAAAAAGAGUGA